AUGACUCCGCAACCAAUUGAAAUUCCCGGCAGAUUCGGAUUCGGUACCAUGUCAAUGACAUGGACAUCGCAACCACCACCAAUUCAACAAUCCAUCGACACUUUAAAAUACGUUACUUCUCAUCAGGAAUACGGCGUUAAACUUCUCAAUGGAGGCGAAUUUUAUGGGCCCAAUGAUGCUAAUUUGAAACUAUUGCAACAAUUUUUAUCCACCAAUGAUGCCACCAUUAAUGAAUCUUUGAUAAUUUCCAUCAAGGGUGGAAUAGACAUGACUAUUUUAAAGCCUAAUGGGAGUAAAGAAUACAUCAGUAAAUCAAUUGAAAAUGUUGCUUCAUAUUUCCCCAAAAAAGGUAAUGCUCGGGGACCUAAGUUGAUUUUCGAAGCCGCUAGAGUUGACCCUCAAGUUCCUUAUGAAGAUACCAUCAGCUAUAUCAAACAAUACGUGGACAAUGGAACCAUCGAUGGGAUUUCAUUAUCCGAAGUUGGGAUCAAGUCCAUUGAGAAGGCAACAUCAAUAGCACCAAUAUCCUGUGUUGAAUUGGAACUUUCAUUAUUUUCGCAAGAUUUGAUCGACAAUGGCAUAUUAUCAUUUCUUUCCAACAAGCAAAUCCCCAUUAUUGCAUAUUCACCAUUAUGCAGAGGGAUCUUGACCGAUUAUUGUGUUGAACACGCCGAUAGUUUUCUUUCAGAAAUCCCUGAGGGCCAUUUCAAACAUUCAUUGGAUAAAUUCCAACCCGACAACUUCGCUCAUAAUUUAGUCGCCUUGAAGAAACUUUAUGCCUUUGCCCAUGAUGUGAAACAUACAAGUUUAGAGAGUUUGGCUCUUUCUUGGAUUUUGAAAAUUUCAGGACACCACAGUUAUAAAGGAAUUGAUAAAGUUACGAGAAUUUUACCUAUUCCUUCGGGGUCGACUAUUAAACGAGUUGAGUUGAACUUUGGUAAUUUUAUUGAAUUGACUGAUGAUGAUUUGACGACAAUUGAUACGAUUUUGAAGGAGAACCCGGUCAAGGGGUUGAGAUAUAAUGCUCAGAGUGAAGGUUCAUUGUUUCAAUAG